GGCAUUAACAGUCGCUCAUUAACCGCCCGUACAAUGUGUACAACGCCGAAGACUUAUGCUUGCCCUGCGCUCUCAUUGGUCCUUUCCUAGGAAGCCGUUUUCCUAGACAGCAGAAAGAUGGGCUACGUUAAGGUUGUUAAGACCUCGGCUUACUUCAGCCGCUUCCAGGUCAAGUACCGCCGGAGGCGGUCGGGCAAGACCGACUACCGUGCCCGCCUUCGCCUGGUGAAGCAGGACAAGAACAAGUACAACACCCCCAAGUACCGUCUGGUGGUGCGCUUCAGCAACCGCGAUGUCACCUGCCAGAUUGUGCGCUCCACCAUUAAGGGCGACAUCGUGGAGGCGGCCGCCUACGCUCACGAGCUGCCCGAGUACGGCCUGAAGUGCGGCCUGACCAACUACUCCUCUUGCUACUGCGUUGGCCUGCUGGUGGCUCGCCGCAUCCUGACCAAGUUUGGUCUGGACAAGCACUACCCCGGCCAGGAGGAGCCCGAUGGCGAGGACUUCAACGUGGAGCCCGUGGAGGACGGCCCCCGCCCCUUCUACUGCCUGCUGGACACCGGCCUGAAGCGCACCUCAACCGGCUCCAAGGUGUUCGCCUGCCUGAAGGGCGCCCUGGACGGUGGUCUGGACAUUCCCCACAACGAGAAGCGCCUGGUGGGCUACGACCGCAGCAGCAAGAAGCUGGACGCUGAGGUCCUGAAGAAGUACAUCUUCGGCGGCCACGUCGCUGAGUACAUGGAGGAGAUGGAGGAGGAGGAGCCCGAGAAGUACACCAAGCACUUCGCCAAGUUCCUGGAGGAGGACAUCAGCGGCGGUGACCUGGAGGACCUGUACGCCGAGGUGCACAAGAACAUCCGCGAGAACCCCCUGAAGGAGAAGAAGGAGCGCACCAAGCCCGCCACCGCCCAGACCUGGCACGAGGUGAAGCUGACCCUGGAGCAGCGCCGCGAGAACCUGAAGCAGAAGCUGGCGGCCAUGGCUGAGGACGACGAGUAAAGGACUUCACCCCUUUUGAGGUGUUGGCCUUUUUGUCGUCUAGCCUGCUCUGCUAGAGGGCUUCUGUGAGCUGUGCGCACCAGUGGCGCAGCCGAGGGAGGAGGGGUCGAAGCGCCCUGCUGUCUCCUGGGCUUGGGCUGUUGGCCUGGUUACUUGUAACGGUGUACAGCCACUACUCGGUA